ACAAGGUUCAGUGCUCCGUGCGCGUCUCAGGUACCCGUGCGCUUGCAGACAGGAGAAGCCUCGUUGCUCGCCGCGCUGCUCAAAACCACCCGCGCGCCCCUUGCACACCAAACUUUGUCGUUUCUACUACAGUCGUUCAGCACUCAGCAUCACGCAGCCAGCUCUGCCCUCACGCUCAUUUGCAACAUCAUCACACGCGCUCACAGUCGCACAUUCACUGUCGCCCACUCCAACGACCUCUGCGAGGACCCGCCUUAAAUCAAUUAGAAACCAGUCGUAGUGAUCCGUGAUCCACUCCCAACAGUUCAAUAUGCGCUCGACUCUCAUCAGCGCGGCUUUCGCCGCUGGAGCUCUUGCCGUGCCUGCCCAGGCACCAGCUGGCUACGGCGCCCCUCAGGUCGAUGUCCAGACUGCCUACGAUGUCGUGUACAAGACCGAGAUCGUCACCGUCACCGCCGGUGGCCAGCCUCCAGCCUACACUCCCGAGAGCAAGCCAACACACUACGGCCACAAGAGCAAGAAGCCUGUGACCACGACUCAGGAAGCCGCUCCUCCGGCCUACACUCCUCCAACUUACGAGCCUGCGCCUAAGCCUGAGACCCCAGCCCCAGCUCCAAGCACCCCAUCUGGCCCAGCCAGCGGAUCGUACGCGGAUAUCUGCCUGCACCACCACAACAUCCACCGUGCGAACCACUCUGCACCAGCUCUUGUCUGGUCUGACGAGCUCGCCGCUACCGCCAAGAAGAUCGCCGACACAUGUGUCUACGAGCACAACACCGAGAUGGACGGUGGUGGCUAUGGCCAAAACAUUGCUGCAGGUGUCAGGGGUGACAACAUCUCAGCUGUUAUCACUGACCUGUUCUACAAUGCCGAGGAGCCAGCCUACGCUUUGGCUUCCGGCGGCUACACCUCCGAACCCGACAUGAGCAACUUCCACGUCUGGGGCCACUUCUCUCAGAUCGUCUGGUGCGGAACCACCGAGGUCGGCUGCGCCACAUCUGAGAACUGCGGUUCUCUCGGAAACACUGGAAGCGGUGUUGAGCCAUACUUCACCGUCUGCAACUACAGGGGCCCAGGCAACUACGCCGGUAAAUACACCGAGAACGUCAACGCUGGAGACUCCAACACCCCUACCGCUUACUGGGACGCCGCUGUCGACGCUGUCAAGAACGCGGCCGGUUACUAGACACCAGAAACACGGACUUCCCUAGCCGCAACAACAGGACUUACGACUGAAGGCGACGGUCACUAGGAAAUGCGUGCAUCGGUGUGGCGUUUUCUUGUCUUUUUGAGUGUCGGAUUGACUUUUGCAACUGUUUGAGCACACAGCGCAUCAGGCAGGUCCUGUUCGGCAUCCACCGCAAAAUUGUCCGGACACAUGCAUGUUUAUCAAGAGCUGUUAGCUUACUGCAUAUGCUGGACAGACAGUACACGAACGACGGCCUGAUGGGCUCGUGGCUUUGACGUUUUCACUUCUACUUCUUUUUGCAUAGUUGGCUUCACUCUUAGGAGACGGACGGCUUGAUGGCACAGCAGACUUUGAUUCGAAAUGACUAUCAUGCCCCAAUGAGAAUGGUUAACGAUUAGCAACCACUCCAACCAUGGCCACGUUUUUCCACAGAUUGCGAGUCCUCAUUCGUCGCGGUUAGGGUGCACAUUCGCUCGUAUUGGAAAUUGCAGAACAGCAGGCUAGCCGGCUGGCGCAGGCAGAUCCCUAUAUGCGCAGCGUUUAAUUAGAUGGCUUGAGAUUCGUUUUUGCUGACUACGCCGGCAGCGCACGUGCUGUGCGCGAUUAUAGAGACC